AUGACUAUUAAGCUAGUUGUUGGAGGUUUUACUUGGAACAUAAUCAGUGCGUACGCACCCCAAGCAGGCUUGAAUGAGGAAGUCAAGAGGCGUUUCUGGAAGGAUUUGGAUGAGAUGGUGUGUGGUAUCGCGCAUACCGAGAAGCUUUUCACAGGAGGAGAUUUUAACCACCACAUUGGAGCGACGUCUGAGGGGUAUACUGAUGUGCAUGGUAGCUUUGGUUUAAGAGAUAGAAACGGAGGAGGUACGCCUCUACUGAACCUUGCUAGAGCAUUUGCUUUGGUAAUAGCAAACUCGAGUUUCCUCGAGAAGAGGGAGCACUUGGUCACCUUUCGGAGUUCGGUAGCUGAGACUCAGAUUGAUUAUUUAUUCUGA